AUGUGCCAUCCAGCCGCUGGCCUCCUGGACAUGCAGCGUGGACGGCGGUUGCCUACGGUGCGAGCAUGCUUCCAUCGGCGCCUGGCCGAUGCCUGGGACAUGUUGGAGCAAAGGGCGUGCCAGCCGCCAAUGACGGGCCUUGGACAGGUUGAACGGUUGAACCACCAGGAGAGGCACACAGCAAGCCAGAGCUAUGCCAAGUCUUUGCCACAUCGGCCCUCAACAUACUCAACAGCUAUCUGCUAUCCCACCCGCAUUGACAGGUGUGCGAUGGGUGACGAGGAGCAGCCCGACGCCACAGAGGAGGGCGGGAACGACGGGAAGGCGGAGAGCGGGAAGGCGGAGAGCGAGCAGCCCCAGGAGGAGGAUGGGGUGAAGCUCCAGGAGGCCAAGCCCGACGGCAAGGAGGACGUUGUGGAAGUCGUUGACGACGAGGAGGCUGACAGAGACCAGCGCAAGAAAGCCCGCACCGAGGCAACGGCGACCAAUGGUGAUGCGAAAGAAGCCGAGCCUGGCGACUCGAAGUUCCUGGUGGCCCGGCACCUCCCCGAGUCAGCGAAGCACCGGGACUGGUUUGACAAGUUUGGCUCCACGGGCAAGGUUCAGCACGUCUCGUUUUUUGGCCGGGGGGGCGACCCUCUGUCGGCAGUACUCGAGGCCGCGAGCCCUGCUGAGGCUGCCGCACUGGUCAAGGAGCUGAAUGGCUUGGAUGUUGAUGGAGCGACUGUCGACGCCAAGCUCAUUGAUCAGGAGGAGCGUUCUCGGCUACUGCGAGAUCGCCAGGCGCGCAGCGGCGACCGUCACGGUCGGUAUCCGGACCGUGGUCCGAGGGGGCCCCGCGGAGCGCCCGACCGCGGCCACCGGCGCAGCCGGAGCCGCCGGGGCGGCGGGGGCGGCGGCGGCGGAGGUGACAGGCGAAGAAUGGAUGCUGGCAGACCAGCUUUGACCUUGCGCGGGCGCGGAGGCAGAAGUUUGUCCGGUCGCCGUCGUGGCGGCUAUGGAGAUCGGCCAGGAGGCGACCGAGGCCGUGAGCGGCGUGGAGGCCGGGGCCCGCCCCCUCGCGACCGCGACCGCGAUCGCGGCGGGGACCGCGGAGGCGGAGGUGGAGGAGGUUACCGCCUUGCCGAGCGCCGGCGCGGAGACCGAGAGUGGGAAGACAGACGAGGAGAAGGCAGGCGCAGAAGACGGCACGGCUUCUCCCGGCGACCGGAGCGUGGCGACAGGCGCCGUCCCAGGGGCCGACCUGACGACGAGCGUCGAUCUCGCCCCCGCAGCGUGGAGGACCCGAGGGGGCGUCGUCGAAGAGUCCGCGGCCGCCCACGCUCCGACAGCCGGGACGAGGAGCGACCUGAGGCGGAGCCCCAGAAGCGGAGGCGCGUGGAGAAGGUCGAGGAGCCCAAGAACGACGCGUCCGAGAGUGAGUGCUCCGAAGACAGCGAGAGCAGCUCUGGUGAGAAGAGGUGA